GACAGAAAUAUUACUCGGGGUUAAUGGUUUAUCAAUCGUAAAAGUAAACAUACAAGUUUAUAAAUGCGAAACGCAAAUGUAACGCCGCAAAUUCUCACUAUCCAUCUUCGGAGAGUGUCAGAAUUUGGGAAAUAGUGUCUCCUUGAAUUGUUAUGGCUCCAAGAUCCAAAGAAAUUCCCCCGUCAAGUUUGGGUAUAAUUCCGCCUCCAAGAAGAGACGGUCUAACCCAAAACGGCGACAUUUGGCUGGAGGACAAACAGACCAUUGACGGAGCCGAAGGACUAUGGCGUAUCCAUGACAAACUUUACAACUUUUCUACAUUUAUAGACAAACACCCUGGUGGUGCAGAAUGGCUUGAAAUGUCUAAGGGGACUGAUAUAACAGAAGCUUUCGAAGCUCAUCAUAUCAAAAGUGGUCCAGAAAAUAUGUUAGCGAAGUUCUACGUCAGGGAUGCGAAAACAAAAAGAAAUGCUCCAUACACAUUUAAGGAGGACGGUUUUUAUCGUACACUUAAACGUGAAAUUGCUGAAAAACUCAAAACCGUUCCCAAGCAGUCCUCUAACAACUCCAACUUUUUGAUCGACUCCCUUCUUGUUGGACUUUUUAUUUUCUCAAUAAUCGCGUGCACUUAUUGGAACUUCUUAUUGGCCACAUUGGCUGGAAAUUUCCUAGCUAUGUUAACUAUUGCCGCACAUAACUAUUUCCAUAGAAGAGACAACUUUAGAAUGUACUAUUUCCAUUUCUCUUUGAUGCAAGUAAGAGAAUGGAGAAUAAGCCACGUUUUAAGCCAUCAUCUUCACACUAAUACCAUUGACGAUUUGGAGAUUUCUAGUUGGGAACCUUUUAUCCAAUACCUCCCAGUCAAAAAGUCACCUUUGGUUCGUUACGGAAGCUAUAUUUAUGUUCCUUUGUUGUGGAUUACAGGUUUCCAUAUUGCUUUUCUCAGAAGGAUAAUCGAAAUUUGUAAAGGGAACAUGAGACAUGCUCAGCCGGCUGAAUGGGUUGGUUUCUUAUUGCCUCUAGCUAUGUAUUUGUUUAGCGGUCAAUCACUUUGGUGGACAUUGGUGAUUUGGAAUUAUAUCAUUUUAAUAGGAAGUACCCAUUUCUUCUUUGUUGGUCUCCAUGCAGCGCAUCAUCACCCAGACAUCUUUCACGAUGGUGAUACGCCCAGACAUACAACAGAUUACGAUUGGGGGCUGAGUCAGUUGGAUGCAGUAAUGGAGAGGAAAGAGAUCACGGGUUCACAUUUUUUGGUGCUGACCAACUUCGGUGAUCACGCUUUGCAUCACCUGUUUCCGACUUUAGAUCAUGGUUAUUUGGAGCAUUUAUAUCCCGUGUUUGAGGAGGUUUUAGAAAAGUUUGAUGCGAAUGUCAGAUACGUUUCACAGUUGGAUACUGUGGUGGGAGGAUUCCAGCAAAUUUCCAGGGUGAAGCCUAAUGAAAAUGCUCCCGAUUUGAAGAAGUACAAAAGAAAAAAUUAAAUAAUUAAAGGUUGUGAUGUUAAACAAAUGUACAAAAUGAAUAUUAUACUCCAAUUGUUGUAAAUAAAUUUGUUGAUAGAA